CCUCAGUGAAUGGUACGCCGCAUGCCCUUCGCUAUGGUUUGCCUGAGCGUGGUGUACACUCCGUGGCGGUGAAAGUUUUUCGAGACUAUAAUAUUAAAUAUAAAUUAUUAUUAUUAUUAUUAUUAUAGAAUUAGUAAUUUAAUUCGACGGUUAUUUUUUUUAAUAUUGUUGGUUUAGUUAAUUUUACAUCAAUGACGGAAGUUGCGGGUUGUUAGUUUAUUUUUUUUUUUAUGUUAUCGCCGUAUAUCGUUUUCCCGCCGAAGUGAUUUUUUUGAAAUAUCAUUGAAUAAAUUAUAAAAAAUUAAUAAAACUUUACAAGCGAUUAGUUACACUACACUUUUAUUUUAGUGUCUGGAUUUUAUGUGAUUUCCACAAAAAAAGCUUUUUCAGUUUGUUUAAAAACCGUUUUAUAUAUUUUUAUUUGUGGUUUCAUUCUUCUAAUCCGCACUGAGGGAUUGGGGACCAACACGUUGAAUUCAAAUAUAGUGGGGCAGAUGCGUUAGUGAUAUGAGGGUCAAAGAAGCUGCCAUGAAUACGCCAUACACCACGGAAGUUUGGAAGUGUCGGCUAAGAUUGAAGAAAAUGGCGGAAACCGCAUCGUCAACGUUAACUUGAAGUGGUUUUCAGGCACUAGUUUCAUUUUCUAAUCAAAUAAUAGAAUUGGAAAAAUAAUAUAUAUAAAACUGACUACUAUGAAACCGUUUGCAAUUUUAAUGACCACGUUGUCUUUGAUGACUGUGUGGUCGUCUCAUACCAAUGCCACUGUGAAUUUUAUGCAAACUUGCGAUUCUCCAGUUCAGUGCAGGUGUGAUAAGCAUGAACCCACCGAAGUGAAUUGCAGAAAUACUGGUUUAGUUUCUGUGCCUGAAGAUGUACCCAUCAAAAUCGUCAAACUAGAUUUAGCCAGUAAUAAUAUCACCGAAAUAAAUGAAAAAGUGUUUGGGCAGUUGACUCUUUUAGAAGACUUAGUAAUAGCUGACAAUCCCAUUAAGACGAUACAUCCUAAAGCUUUUCUAAAUAAUGUUCGCUUAAAAAGGCUGUCGUUACAAAAAUGUCAACUUGUCCGGGCGCCAUGUGACACAUUCCAACAUUUCAAGCAGCUGACGUCACUGCAAUUAGAUCAAAAUCAAUUCACAGAAAUUGAUGGUCGAUGUUUUGAUCAGUUAUCCCAGUUGAAGAAUCUCUGGUUGGAAAACAAUAAACUCACCAAAGUUCCUAAACAAACAUUAAGCCUAGUCCCUACAUUAGAAGCAAUAAACUUGGGAAGUAAUUCCAUUGUAGAUAUAUCAAAUGACUCGUUUUCUUCGUUACCAAACUUGAUUAUCCUGCUACUUAAACGAAAUCAAAUAGGAUCAAUUGACGAGUCUGCAUUUGAGAGCUUGACGUCGUUAAGAAUACUCGAACUUGACGAUAAUCAGUUGGAUACUGUCCCGACAGCACUCAUCAAGUUGACAUCUCUACAGGAACUUUCUUUAUCUGGAAACAAUAUCAAAUACAUACCUGAUGGUAUACUUCAAAGGUCUCAAGGGCUAACAUUAUUAGAACUCAAGGGCAAUCCGUUAAUUGGCGUACACCCUUAUGCUUUCGCAUCACUGCCAAAAUUAAGAAAACUAGUUUUGUCUGAAGCCCGUGAACUAACAGAAUUUCCAAAUUUAAAUGGGACGUCAGCUUUAGAAUUUUUAAGGAUCGACAGAGCUAGCAUUUAUUCGAUACCUGAUUCUUUAUGCAUAACUUCCCCAGAAAUCAAGAGCCUUGAUAUUAAAUGGAAUAAGUUAUCCAGAAUCCCAAACUUAAAUAAAUGCAAAAAUCUAAGACUUUUAGAUUUGGCAAAUAACCACAUUAGCUCACUCGAAGGAUCACUGUUUCGAAAUCUAUCGCGUCUUCAUGAUUUAUUGCUCAGUUAUAAUUAUAUUACAUCUGUUCCACGGGACGCAUUCUAUGGUUUACUGCAGCUAAAAGUUUUGGAUUUAGAGUCAAAUAAAAUUAGUCACAUUGACGACGAGGCUUUUCUAGCAUUCUCUCAACUAGAAGACUUGAAUGUUGGUAAAAAUAUAUUUGAGCAAUUACCGACCAAAGGUUUAGAAAGAUUAUUGCAUCUAAAAACAUUCAACAAUCCAAAUUUGAGACAAUUUCCUUCGCCUGAAUAUUUUCCAAGGAUUCAAACUCUAGUUUUAUCUUAUGCUUACCAUUGUUGUUCAUUUUUACCUUUACAAACUUCAGAUGAUGAAAAAGUGACCACUCACAACAGUCUACACGAAUCAGUCAUUUUUCCUGCAAAUGAAAACGAAUUUGACAUGACUCUAUGGAACUCAAGUAUGACUGAUAUAUGGCCCCAACUACAAAAUUUAAGCAAAAAGUUUGGCACUCAAGUGAAUGAUCUUUGGGACUCAUUUGGUACAGAUUUUACAUAUCCAGGAAACUUGCCGGCGUAUAUGGAAGAAUACUUUGAAGAACAACUAGACGGAAAAUUACCAGAAAUAAUAUCAUCAAAAGUAAAAUGUUUGCCACUACCAGGGCCAUUUUUGCCAUGUCAAGACUUAUUCGAUUGGUGGACUUUACGAUGUGGAGUUUGGGUAGUAUUCUUAUUAGCAAUGCUAGGAAAUGGUACAGUAGUAUUUGUGCUUAUAUUUGCUAGAAGUAAAAUUGAUGUACCUCGAUUUCUCGUGUGUAACCUCGCAGCCGCUGAUUUUUUUAUGGGACUAUACCUUGGGAUAUUGGCCGUAGUAGAUGCUGGUACACUAGGAGAAUUUAAAAUUUUUGCUAUACCUUGGCAAAUGUCUGUUGGCUGUCAAUUAGCUGGAGUGCUAGCAGUACUUAGUUCGGAGCUAUCUGUGUAUACUCUUGCAGUGAUUACAUUAGAACGAAAUUAUGCCAUUACACAUGCUAUGCAUCUUAAUAAACGAUUGUCACUAAAACAUGCCUCAUAUAUAAUGCUAUGUGGUUGGAUAUUCGCAGGUAUUAUGGCUGCUUUGCCAUUGUUCGGUGUGUCUGACUAUCGUAAGUUCGCUACUUGUCUUCCAUUUGAGACCACCACCAGUACGUGGAGUUUAGUUUACGUCGUAUUUUUAAUGUUCAUCAACGGUGUGGCAUUUUUUAUUCUGAUGGGAUGUUAUUUGAAGAUGUAUUGUGCUAUUCGUGGCUCCCAAGCGUGGAAUUCUAAUGAUUCACGUAUAGCUAAACGUAUGGCAUUAUUAGUAUUUACAGAUCUGUUAUGUUGGGCUCCUAUAGCUUUUGUGUCAUUAACGGCUAUAGCAGGUUACCGAUUAGUAUCUCUUGAACAAGCAAAAGUAUUUACAGUGUUUGUUCUACCACUUAAUUCGUGUUGUAAUCCCUUUUUAUAUGCUAUUUUAACAAAACAGUUUAAAAAAGACUGCGUAAUGAUAUGCAAAGCAAUUGAAGAAUCACGUGUUACUCGAGGAAUCGGCCGCUGUCGGCAUAGUUCCAACUUCAGCAAUCGUCAGACCCCAGCUAAUACAAACAGUCUGGUGGACAGGUCAUCUCGAGAUAAUUAUCCACACCCACCUUGCAGUUGCAACGUCAAGUUGCUUGAUGAUAAGUCUGUAAAAACUGAAGAAACAAUUUACGACUGGAUGUCGAUCAAAUUCCAACGAUUUAUGUCAUGCGUGAAUCCUCGUCAAACGGAAUCUGGCAGGCAGUACAUGAGAAGUGAUCGCUAUGCCUAUCAAAUAGCCGAAAUUCAGCAAAAACAACAUAAGCGUGCUUCAUCUAUGUCAUCCAGUGAAAACUACAGUUCAUCGCGAUCUGAUUCUUGGCGGCAUAACCACCAUCAUCACCAUCAUCAUCAUCACUGUGGUGGUGUUCCUCUACGACUGUUAGAUCCCAAACAGCGACGAGCUAGUUCUUGGAUAGUAACGAGAAAGACAUCACAAGAUUCGAACCUAUCAAGCUCACGGAAUGACAGUUCCGGUUCUGCUAACACUGCCAGUACUAGUAUAAGCACCAGAGCAUCUAGAAGUAGCGUCGGUGGAAGUAGUGAACACAGCUACAGUCACCACCACAGUAGCAAACAAAAACCAAGACUCACUAGACAAAGUGCCGUUUUGGACGAUCCCGUGUUAACAGCAGCUGAGCUGAUAGUAGCCGGUGGAAUAACUGCUUGCGGGGGGGGUUGCUCUCCUACAGGAAAGUUAACCGUUCGAUUUUUGGCCACAAUACCUUCAGCUGCCGAAACGAGUACGUAUAAAGAAGAUACGGACGGGGAAGAAGAAUUAGAGGAUAGAAAACGAGAUGGUCAUCAUCUACAAGACAUCAGCAGUCAUAACAAUGAAAACAAUGAAAAUACAGCUUUGAUGCGACCUGAAACGCCACCACAGACAACUUCCAGCGAAAGAACAAUGUCCCCUACAAAUUCUAAGCCUUCAUCUCGUUCAAACUCUAAACCUUCGUCCCCAGAACAUUAGGUUAGUUCAAGGAAAACAAAUGCUAUUGUGUGAUAAGCCAUGUUUUUGAAGUAAAAUGUAAUUUUGGAUAAAAUUAUUAUUACAAAUUAUUAAGUAAUACUAAAUUUUCAAAAUGAAAAGUGUGAUAAAAAAGGUUUUGUACGUAUAAUUAAGUUAAGGGAUAAUGAAAUUGUGAAAAAUGGAAUCGAAUUUUGUUUGUUCUUCCUCAUUUCUAAAAUAUUAUGACAAAAAAACUGAAAAUUAUUUGACGACCUGUUGAGUUUUAAUUAAUUUUUUUAUCCAUUAUUAAAUAAAAUUCUUCUAAGUACACUUUUAAAUAGUUAAAUAAAUUAUUCGGCUUAAAAAUAUCCACCGAUUGACCAAUUAUUAUUAUUUUAAAAGUGCUAAGUAAUUUGAACAAUAUUAUGGUUACUAAGUUCUUUAGUCGAAACGUUCCUUCCUAAUUAUUCAUAGUUGUAUUUGAAAAGUGUGUUAACAAUAAAAAGAUGAUAAAAGAUUUUUUAUAGCUAUAAAACUCUGUAACAGUUUUUAAAUUUAAUUUUACUUUUGUACUAUUUAUAAAUUUUCCACAAUAAUUAAAUAAUAUUUACCAUAUUCUCUAUAUUAUUUCAACGAGAUAAAAUAAUAAAAAAUAUGGACUGGAUAUAUUUUGUUUAGUAUUUAUUAGUUGGAAUUUUACUAUUAUGAUCGUAAAGUGACAUAAGUUAUUAAUAGUUGUCUUAUUAAAAAACAAACAAAAAAUGAGCACAAAUUAAAUACUUCUUAGAUAUGAAUUAGAAUAUGAACUUGCUUUGCAAAAUAAAAUGAUAGUAACGAACUAGUUCUACGAAAAAAAAAUUCGAAUAUUUUUUUUGAAGAGCUUUUAGUUGAUUGAAUAAAAAAAACAUAAAAUUGUAAACUAUAAAAGCUCGAGCCAAGACAAUACUACAUUUAAUAGCUAAGUAACUAAAAAGGCUGUGUUUUAGUACAAGGAUUGACGAUAUUAUAUUAUAGUAAAAAAAAUAGUUAUUAUUAUGAUGAUAUUAUAUCGUGUCAUAUUUUAAUUUUCAAAUGUGUAUACCUAUUUAUAAAAUUAAGUAAUAGUAUAUAUUGUUAAUUGUUAAGUCUAUGUUAAAACAUAUUAUGUACCUAGUUAUUAUUUGUAUAAUGUAAUUAUAUAUUAAAUAUUUAUUAUAAACGACACUAUAUUAUUAUGUAUGUGGUAAAAAAUAAUAAUUUUACUUCCAUACGGAUGUACCUUGGAUAUAUUCACUAGAGCAAUUUUCAUUGCCAUUUAUGACAUAAGUAUUUAGGUUAUUAUCCUGAGUAAACAUUUAUAUUUUGGAAUUAUUAUAAUUAUAUGACUUCAAACAGCUUUUUUCAAAUAUAUCACCAUUAUACCAUGUAACAGGAAAUAUUCGUUAAGUUAAAAAUUCAAAAAGAAAAAUGAUAAUUGCUCUUUAGUAGAAUACAUUCAAUACAAAUAUGUAUAUCCGUCUGUUCCUGUUUUGUGUCAUUUUGUCGUUUAUUCAAUUUUUGUACAUUUUAUUACUUAUUUUUAAAUAAUAAAUUAUUAUUCGAGAAUUUGAACAUUUGUUAUAUAGCCAAUUUAUUUAUU